GGCGGCGCAUCCGGCGGGGUCGGGCCCGGAGCGGAGCGGGCAGUGCGGCGGCUGUGCUGCGGCGGGGAUGGACCCUGCAGCGCUCACGCUGAAGCUGCUGCUGGUCGGAGACAGCGCGGUGGGGAAGUCCAGCCUCCUGCUGAGGUUCACGGGUGGUGGGUUCGAGCCCAAACUGAAACCCACUAUCGGUAUUGAUUUUAAAGUGAAGAAAAUGGUGGUAGACGGCCACGCGGUGCAGCUCGCGAUAUGGGACACAGCAGGACAGGAGCGCUUUAGAACACUGACUCCCAGUUAUUACCGCGGAGCUCAAGGGGUUGUUUUAGUGUAUGACGUUACACGAAAAGAGACUUUCACGGGACUGGAGGGCUGGCUGAACGAGCUGGACACGUACAUCGCCAAAAACAACACUGUGAAGAUGUUAGUUGGCAAUAAAACCGAUAAGCCGGAUCGUGAAGUAGAGAGGAAAGAAGGACUCCAGUUCGCCAGGAAACACUCACUGCUUUUUAUAGAGACCAGUGCCAAGACCCAGGACGGAGUCCAAUGCGCCUUCGAGGAACUGGCCGCAAAGAUCCUGGAGACACCAGGUGUCUGCAAGAAAAACGCAGAGGAGAGAGUCCAGCUGCAGGAACCUUCAGCACGGCGGGACAAGAGCUUCUGUGGGGCGUUCUGUCCGCUUGCUUAGAUCUGCCGGUGGCUCUCCUGUGUGGAUGGACUUGCACUUGAACAAAACCAGAAGAGGUGGGGGAACUCCAGCCCUCCUCUGUGCCUUGUCUGACCCACCAGCAGUUGUACAGAUCCAAAAACCAAACUGAGGAACAAACUCCGGUUUCUCCUUCCCUUACGCACAACCAAGAGAUCUUUCUGGUUAUGUCAGGUUUUCCCUAUGAAAUCCUAGUGCUGCACGGCGUCUCGUGCUCUCGCUGUAUGGCGUUCAACAUGGGCUUUUUCUGAAAUUCCUGCCUUAGCAUGAAAUAAGGUUAGUACUCUAUUUUGUGAUAUUACUUUUCAGCUGCUCUUCUGCAGAUCGGCACGGGAGUCCUUCAGACUCUGUAGAUUCAGCGACACUGGUAUAUAGGAGAUGUGCUUUUAAUAUGCAAUGUAGUUCUGUUCAAUGCACUGAAGAAGAAUUACAUCACACUGGUAAGAGUCAAGGACCAAAAGGUCUUGUUGAAUAGUACACAGGAAAGAUGAGACCUCAGCAGAGACUGGAAAGCAGGACCUAGUUUCAGUUAACAUGCACCUGUACAAUGCUCGUAUAUUUUUUCAAAUAAUUGUAAAGCAUAAGUGCUUCCAGAAUCAUCUCUGUGCAUUUUCUUAUUAACACCCGCCUAAAAAACAUCCUGUAUAUUCAAAUCUCCAGAAAUACAUACAAAAUCCUCUACCCAGUUAAGAUUUCUUCCUCAGGAUGUGCUGUAGGCAAUCGGAUGCUCUGGAAGCACUUAACUGAUUUCAAACACAGGUGGUGAGAAAUGAUUUGGAGCUGUAGCUCAACUACAUGGUGAAGUUCCAGCACCCGUUUUGGAGCUGCUGUGUUGGCGUCAGGGUGCUCUCGCCUCACAUGGCAUUUGCAAAGAUGUCUUGUAGAAAAGGAGCUUUGAAAAAGGUCUCUUUUAAAUCCCAGGCAGUUGUUUCCAUGUAGACUAAACAAAAGUCUCUGUUUUACGAGCUGGUGUGUUUGCAGGGUGUCUUAACGUUUUCCUGUGGCAGUAGGAAGAUGGGGAAAGUGAGCAGACCAAUAGCUGUGCAACACAACUCAGACACAUUGGGAAACAUGGGGUGGACAUAAAAUAAAGAAUCAGCCACCGAAAUAUUUACAACUAGCCUGGUUUUAGUGCCCAAUUGGAACAGAUUUGCAACAUCUUCCUACCUGGCUGAAGGAGCUUGUUCUGCAGGCACACUGAUUCCUGAAAAGAACCUUCUCAGAUGCUUUAAUUCAAAAUUUGUGGCUAAAGGAUGAAAAUGGCAGUUUUGAGUGCUGGAUCUUGGAAAGCGGGGAGCUCUCUGUGAGACUUUACUGUACAAAAUGCACUAUUUACAGUCUAAAAGUCACUCCAGUCUUCUGCUGAUCGGUUUAGUCUAAGUAUUGACUUUCACAUGACAGCUGCUAUUAAAGACGUUGAUUCAGGAAGGCA